AGUGCCGUGGGCAACUCGUGGCACUUAAACGAAUCACUACUAGAUGAUCCCAGGGUAACUGAAGACCUGACCAACGAACUGCCCAUGUACUUUCACAAAAAUGGGGGUAAAGGCACAGCAGAACCAUGGGUAUGGGAAGUACACAAAGGUAUAACACGAGGGACCCUGAUUAAGUGGGGAGCUCGCAUAAAACGGGAACGAGCGACACGAAUCCAAUCCCUAACUGAAGCCAUACACAUAGCAGAAUCUGCCCACAAGGCUACCCCCACACCCGACGCAUACAAAACAUUAACAGCAUUACGAAUGGAACUGCGAAACCUCCUCACAGCGAAAGCCCAUAGGGCAGCCCAGCUGACUAAGGGGACAUACUAUGCACACGGCAAUAAAAGUGGGAAAUAUCUAGCUAGAGCCCUAAAGGACAAACACCAAAAGACAUACAUUUUUCACAUAACCACGAAAGGCGUAAUACGCCAAGACGCGACAGAGGACAUAGCCAAAACCUUUUUCAAACAAUUUGGAACAACCACUGAACACACAACAUAA